AUGAUCCGAUCGCUGACCGAAUGGCAAAAGCAGGUGAAGGCAGGUCUGGUCAAUGAGGACACACCGUUUGAAUGGGACUCCCAUCGGGCGUAUGUCUACUACUGUGCGGCCGCCAUAUGUAUUGUGCAGUUUCUGAUCGUCCAUUGCGGUCAUCCCUAUGUCUUCGUUAAGGAUCGGUUCGGAAUGCAGAUCCGAGUGGCGCUCACUUAUCUCAUAUAUAAUAAGGCUCUCCGCGUGUCCAGCGCUGCCCUCCGGACCACUACUACCGGCACUAUUGUGAACCUACUGUCCAGCGAUGUCUAUCGGUUUGAUGUGGCGCUCAAUUAC